AGGAGUGAUCGGAGAGGUAGAGAGGAAGACAGGACGGGGGAAGUGGGGUUAGAGGGCUAGAAAGGAGGGCGAGGCCCGGGGCCCAGGAGCGGCGCCCAGGAUGCCCGGGCCGCGCGCCACGGAGCAGCCCCACAUCCUCGGGGAGCGCCGGCCGCUGCUAGCGCGCGGCGCGCGGGGUCCCCGACGGUGGCGGCGGGCGGCGACGACAGCGGUGCUGCUGGUGGCGAUGCUGGAGCGCGCCGCUUUCUUCGGCGUCGCCGCCAACCUCGUGCUGUACCUCAACAGCUGGAACUUCAACUGGGCGGGCGAGCAGGCGUCGCUGGCCGCGCUCGUCUUCCUGGGCGCCUCCUAUCUGCUGGCGCCCGUGGGGGGCUGGCUGGCGGACGUGUACCUGGGCCGCCACCGCGUCGUCACCAUCAGCCUGCUGCUCUACCUGGCCGCCUCGUGCCUGCUGCUCGCCACCUCCAUCCCAGAUGGCCGCAGCUCCUUCUGCGGAGAGAUGCCCGAGUGGCCGCUGGGACCCUCCUGCCCCUCUUCCGACUGCCAUCAUGCCCUGCCCAGCCCCUACUGCGCGCCCACCCUCUACGCCACACUGCUGCUGCUCGCCCUGGCUGCCAGCUCCGUGAGAAGCAGCCUCACCUCUUUCGGGGGAGACCAGGUGAUGGAUCUUGGCCGCGAUGCCACCCGCCGCUUCUUCAACUGGCUUUAUUGGAGCAUCAACCUGGGGGCCGUGUUCUCGCUGCUGGUUGGGUCCUUCAUCCAGCAGAACAUCAGCUUCACGGCGGGCUACAGCAUCCCCGUGGGCUGUGUGGGCCUGGCCUUCUUCGUCUUCCUCUUUGCCUCCCCUGUCUUUAUCUCCAAGCCCCCCACGGGCAGCCAAGUAUCCUCCAUGCUUAAGCUUGCUCUCCAGAACUGCUGCCCCUGGCUGUGGCACCGACAUGCUGCCAGAGAUGCUCCAGGUGCCCACCUGCUKCCUGACCACAGAUAUCCCCAGCCUGGUCCUUCUCAUGAAGAGGACAUUGCCAACUUUCAGGUGCUGAUGAAGAUCUUGCCCGUCAUGGUGACCCUGGUGCCCUACUGGAUGGUGUACUUCCAGAUGCAGUCCACCUACGUCCUGCAAGGCCUCCACCUCCACAUCCCCAACAUAUUCCCAGCCCACCCUGCCAACAGCUCCCCGGYUCUGAGCAGCAGCAGCAGCRGCGGCUACAGGUUCCCAGAAGCCUGGCUCCUGCUGGCCAACGUGGUGGUGGUGCUGAUUCUCGUCCCUCUCAAGGAUCACUUGAUUGACCCUUUCCUGCUGCGGCGGGGGCUGCUUCCCUCAGCUCUGCAGAAAAUGGCUCUGGGGAUGUUCUUUGGUUUUACCUCCGUCAUUGUAGCAGGAGUCCUUGAGAUGGAGCGCUUACAGUACAUCUCCCACAAUGAGACGGUGUCCCAGGUGAUUGGAAAGGACCUGUACUACGCAGCCCCACUGUCCAUCUGGUGGCAGAUCCCUCAGUACCUGCUCAUUGGGAUCAGUGAGAUUUUUGCCAGCAUCUCAGGCCUGGAGUUUGCCUACUCGGAGGCCCCGCGCUCCAUGCAGGGCGCCAUCAUGGGCAUCUUCUUCUGCCUGUCCGGGGUGGGCUCCCUGUUGGGCUCCAGCCURGUGGCACUACUGUCCUUGCCAGGGGGCUGGAUGUACUGCCCUGAGGACUUUGGGAACAUCAACAACUGCCAGAUGGAUCGCUACUUCUUCCUGCUGGCUGGCAUUCAGGCCGUCACGGCCACCCUGUUCAUCUGGAUCGCUCGUCGCUACGAGAGGGCACGACAGGGCCUAUCCGUCCARAACUGUUCCAGCAGGGACAGGGGCUGAGCAGGGCCCACCAAGCCCGCACUUCUCCCCAAGGACAGACG